UUGCCUGUCAGAGUGUCUGAUUUGAGUCCAGCUUCUCCCCUUCUGAUCCACCCAUGUGCAAGAUCCAGACUGAAUUCCAGACUCUCAUCUUCAGCCUGGCCCAGCCCCAACUGUUGAGAACAAUUAGGGAGCAAAACUGCAGAUAGAAGAUCUCUCUAUCUCUCUGUGCCUUUUAGAGAGAGAGAGAAAGAGGAGCAGGAAGAGGUAGCUUGUCUUUUGGAAUAUAUGAGCACAGGCAGAAGAGGAGCCCCUUCGCCUCAGUGAAAGCAGCAUUCCUGGCAGCACAGAUUCCAGGAAACACAGUCUCCAUGGCCCAUUCUGUACAGGGCACACCUAGAAGAAGUGCUGCAGAAGUUUCUACGGAGCAGGCAGAGUGUGCUCAAUCAUCAAGAAAGAACUUGACAAAUUCCCUUGAACAAAAGAUAAGGUGCUUGGAGAAACAGAGAAAAGAGCUCCUGGAAGUUAAUUGGCAAUGGGAUCAGCAAUUCAGAAGCAUGAAAGAGCUAUACGAACAAAAGGUCGCAGAGCUGAAAACGAAACUGGACGCGGCGGAAAGAUGCCUCAGCACCCAGGAGAAGGAUCGCCCGCAGAGCCGGGGAGAGGCCCUGAGCCGGGACCCUCGGUGGCGCCAAGAGAAGGAGAAUGAAAGACUAGCUGAAGAAUUACAUGAACUGAAGAAAGAGAAUAAGCUUUUGAAAGAAAAAAUUGUUCUCGUGACUAAGAAGAAGGAACACUACGAAUGUGAAAUAAAACGCCUCAAUAAGGCUCUUCAGGAUGCCUUGAAAAUCGAGUACUCUUCAGUUUCUGAGGACUAUUUGAGGAAGUCUAAAGUGGAAUGCAGCCACGAGGAGAUGAGAACAGAAUUGGAAGUUCUCAAACAGCAGGUGCGAAUAUAUGAAGAAGACUUCAAAAAGGAGCGAUCAGAUAGAGAAAGACUUAAUCAAGAGAAGGAAGAGCUGCAGCAAAUUAAUCAAACUUCUCAAUCCCAACUGAGCAGGCUGAAUUCUCAGAUCAAAGCUUGUCAGAUGGAGAAAGAAAAACUGGAAAAGCAACUAAAACAGAUGCAUUUCCCUACCUGUAACUGUGGCUUGGUUUUCCACCUGCGGGAUCCAUGGGUACCAACAGUCCCUGGGGCUGUGCAGGAUCAACAGGAGCACCCACCAGACUAUCAGUGGCAUGCUUUUGAGCAGCUUCCGCCAGAUGUACAGCACAAGGCAAAUGGUUCCUCGUCAGAAAAGAGAGUCAAUCAGUAGACGCACAGAGCCGUGGAGGACGACAGCGGCAGAGACGGAGUUUGACUGAGAGUGCUUUGUUUCCGUGUUCACUGAGGCUUGUUUCUGCACAGCUGCAUGUUGUCUCCUCCGUGACUUGUGCCUGGUCAUGUUUCCUUUUCUGUGAAGAGAGGAAAAGGCUUCUGACAGCUGAGAUCCUGAUCAUGUCUGAGGAGCCAGUUUUAACCAGGAAUGUCCCUGAAAUGAGAUUGGGCCUAUGGAUUAUGCGCCACUCCUUGAAACUCUCUUCAGCAUAUUGCUAUUGGACUUACAAAGAAGAUUUUAUGAUUUAAACAAAUCCACUGUUGGUGCAGUGAUACUAUAUGCUGACUUAAAUAUAUAUGUGUGUGUGUGUAUAUGGUCAGGUGAGUGGUGCAGUGGUUAAGUCACUGCCUGGGGACAACUGCAUCCUAUAUUUCAAGUCCUGGCUACACCAUUUCAUUCUUGCUAUUGCACACCCUGGGAGAAAGUAGGUCUGGGUUCAAGUACUUGGGUCCUUGCCACCCAUGUAAGAAACCUAGACUAAGUUCAGGACUCCUGGCUUCAGCCCAGCCUAGUCCCAGAUGUUGUGGGCAUUUAGGGCAUGUGCUACUGAAUGGAAGAUCUUCUUUGCCUGUCUUUAUUUCUCUGUCUUUCAAAUAAAGUGAAAAUAAUUUUUAAAGUAAAAUUUUAAAAUGUGAAUUCACUGGGGGCAAAAAGCUUCUGCAGUUGUAGUUUUUUAACGUUGCUUCUAUUUUCUUCAUAGGGGCUGAGUUCUUUAGCUAAUUUGACUUGAUCCAUGUUCUUCAUUGUUGGCCUCCAUAAACCUAAAAGUAGUAUGGAAAAGGUUUAUACACUUACCUAAAUUAAAGGAGGGUUUCACUCCAAAUAAAACGGUAAACUUGCAAUGACUCUGCAGACACACUGUUUCCUUAAGAUGAUAAGAAACUACCAGCCUGCUUCAAUUUUAGGUGACCUAGAAUCUGAACGAUAAAGUUCUAAUGGGAUGGUGAUGGAUUUGACUGUGUUCCAUGUACACAUACAGAAGUAAUCCAGGCAUAUAUGAAUUUAUGAUAAAAAUCUGUGCUUUUCUUUCUCAUGGAUUUGAGUAUUUUUUGGUGAGAAAAAUAAUUCUGACUUCUCAAUUAAAAUGGAAAUUUAAUAUAUCUAAAAUGUCAUUGCAAUUAAAUUAUAAUGACAGAUGUCUAAAAGUUGAGCAGAUUUAGAGGUAUCAAGGUCAUCCAAUUAAUCAGUAUCUGUUUGUAUUCAACUUGUGAUCUUCUCUGCGAGGAUAUAUUUAACAGGGUCAUGAGACCCACAAACACCUGUGUUUCUAGAAGUACCUAAAUAAAACCAGGAGCAUCGCUGAAUAUGCAGUCAAAUAAAGCAAUGCAGACAUGCUGCUGAAACUAGCUUCAGCUUGGGAAAGUUAUGCUGUUUAAUUCCAGCUCAAACUAUUUUUGUUUCAGUGUCUGGAUAUACAUGGGAAGGUGAAAGAACCUUAGAAAAUUAAACAGUGUCAGCUUAAGUCCUUAAUUCCUCUGAACCAUAGGUCUUGAGAAAGAAUUAUCCUUCUAUUACAUUAAUUUUCAGAAACUUUUUACUACUAUUUAUCAAAGAGACAAAUCAUUCUCAGGUGUUACUUGAAUAAAAGUGAGUAAUAAAAAACAGAAGUAACAAGUCAACUACCUGAAGAUACCAUGGCAUAUUUUUAAAUGUCUAUGUCCUUAGAUUAGUGAAGUGAACUGUAAUAUUCAUUUCUAAAGGUAUAUUAAGUUUGCCAACUGAAGUGUGCCCUCCAGAAUAAAAACUGAACAGAUAGGGGCCAGUGCUGUGGCGUAGCAGGUAAAGCCGCUACCUGCAGCGCCAGCAUCCCAUGUGGGCGCCAGUUUGAGUCCUGGCCGCACCACUUCUGAGCCAGCUCUCUGCUACAGCUUGGGAAAGCAGUGGAAGAUGACCCCUCCACCAAUGUGAGAGACCAGGAAGAAGCUCCUGGCUCCUGGCUUCAGAUCAGCGCAGCUCUAGCCGUUGAGGCCCUCUGGGGAGUGAACCAGCAGAUGGAAGACCUCUCUCUCUCUGUAUCUGCCUCUCUGUAACUCUGCCUUCAAAUAAAUAAUAAAUAUUUUAAAAAAACUGAACAGAUAAGAAAACAUUCUUGAUAGGCUACUUACACGUCUAUCCAGCAGCAGUGAAACACGAUUUAACUAUCCAGUUUGAAAUCAUCGUAUUACCAAUUAGUGAGUUACCAAACAUUGGCAAGAUUUUGUAAAUGCUAACAUAAUGGGAGAAAAUCCAAUUUAAAUGAGACCUAAUUUCAUUUGAAUUCCCGAUGGUGGACUACAAAUGUGGGAAGAGGAUCCCAUGCUCAGAGUGCGAAGUCCAUUCCCACAAGGCAGAUUUCCACAAGCAUGGGUCAGCCAGUCUGUCUUGGGUCCCCAUCCUGGGAUCAUUUGUCUGGAGACUUCUCUGCUGCAACUCAUUGUAAGGGUUGCACCCUUUGCUGUGGCUCUUAUUUCAUUAUUACAUAUGGAGUUUGUGGAAAUUGUGGAGGAAUCGCUGUGUCCCUUUGCAAAAACAGGAAGUCAUAUGACCUGUCUUUCUUGGGAAAUGCGAAACCAGGCAUAUUUUAGGUUUUCAGUGAUCACAGGGAACGUGCUCUCUGACUUGAAGCAUCACCUAAAGAGAAGAAUGCAGUCACUUUGUUUUUUUUUUGGGGGGGGGUGGGGGGUGGAAGAAAAUCUUUCAGGGUUUGGGCAUGGGGUGGUUUCUCUUAAGCUUGCUUUUGUUUUGUUUUCAACACUAUUUUCCUUGUCAACCAAAAGAACAUUUUGGACUAAAUUGCUAGUGUUAAUUAGUGUAGAAUAACUACUGGAUGAUUCACCUUAGCUUAUUCUCUGUGCUCUUUCACCCUACAAGUGACGCAGAACUAUCCCUUAUUAUGGAUUAUUAUUCCAGGCCAGAGAGAUGUUUAGUAAUUGUCCCGGGAUCUCACAGCAAGUAAAACAGAGAGGCAAGAUUCAAAGGAGAGCCACCUGAGUUUCAGGGUGCUUUCUAGCUUACCAUAGCACUUCCCUCUUUAUAGUUUGUACAGGUUUUCACCAAGUUGUAUUACAAGAACAUGUUUCUUAGGAGAAAAUAUUUUAAUAAGAGAAAACACUUCAUAUUGUAUGAAAUUUGAAAGAGAGUGGGUUCUGGCACAGCAAGUUAAGCUGUUGUCUGCAAUGCUGGCAUCCUAAAUGAACACAUUAGAGUUCCAGUUGUUCCACUUCUGAUCCAGCUCCUUGCUUUGUGCCUGAGAAUCAAUCAAUUCUCUCUCUCUCUCUUUCUCUCUCUCUCUUUUCCACUCUCUAACCCUGGUUUUCAAAUAAAUAAAUGAAUCUUCAAAAAGCUAAAUAACACAUUUAUUGAGGAAAAAAGAAAUUUGUAAGAGAACUGUUACCUUAGUUAGGUAACUAUUGGGAAAAGAAAAAUGUAGACUUGAUAUUAAGGACAUGAAAUAGUGCAAGAAUUGUUCUGAAUGGUUGCUUUUAUGUAGUUGCACAUCUAAUGUAGCUUGGACACCAGUAGAAUAACAUCUCAGAGGUAGGGGAUGUCCCAAUUUAAUCAUUUGAUUUCACCAUUUUUGUUAAUAUCCACUUAUCUUCAAAAAUGUCACUGCUAUAAUCUGAAAGUUGUACUUACAAAAUUUAUAUUU